AGUCGGUGGCAGAAGUGCGGAGCGAUAAACUGGGUGUCAAUCAGCGGAGAGCGUUCACCGGUGAGCAGCUACACACGGCGCAAGGAGAUACAACGAUGGAGUGGCGCCAGCAGACCAGUGUCAGCUGUGAAGACGCGUUCAACGAGGCGCAACGCUGGAUUGAGGAAGUGACUGGAAAAUCGUUUGGCUGCAACGACUUCCGUGCUGCCCUGGAGAAUGGAGUCCUGCUUUGCGACUUGAUCAACCGGUUGAAACCUGGCAUUAUUAAGAAAGUAAACCGGCUUUCUACUCCCAUCGCUGGCCUGGAUAAUGUGACUGUAUUCCUGAAAGGCUGCGGGAAAGUGGGACUGAAUGUGUCUCAGCUGUUUCAUCCAGGAGACCUGCAGGACCUGUCCACUCGUGCAACACUCAGGCGAGAUGAAAGCGACCGGCGACUCAAAAAUGUUCUCGUCACAAUCUACUGGUUGGGUCGCAAGGCUCACCUUGACGCUUUCUACACUGGUCCUGAGCUGAACUUCAAGGCCUUCGAAGGGCUCUUAGGGUUGGCCUUGUCCAAGGCACUUGAUGAGGGCAGCAAUGCGUUUGUGAAAGAGUGCUGGUACCCAGAGAGGGAGGAAUGUCGUCUCAUGAGACCGAGCUACAAGACCCAGAACUCUGUGGACAACAUCGACUCUCUGGAUUUCAGAGCCCUCCACCUUAACAGUGAAGGUUGUGGAAGUGACGCUGAAGCUGAGGAGGUGUUCAAGAUGGAGACCACACAGCCCUCAACCCAGCAAAACAAAAGUUUUAUCCCACCGCUGCCCCUACGGAGAAAGCAAGGACGGGAGGAUAUUGGAAGGGGCUGCGCUAGUCCACUCUCCAGAGCAUAUCAAAUCCAGGUCAGACCUGAGACACCAGUUCAGGUCAACCCUGGCUGGAUUUGGAGCAAAUCACUCAGUGACAUUCCGAUGGUGUACCCUGUGCGUAAAGUUCCUGGUGGGAAAACCAUCUAUGAUUUGGACCACGACACGGACAUGGCAAGGGAGUGCAACCAAGAAAACAAACUGAAAUGUAGCAUUGCUGCCAAGGACAGUGAAGCUCAAUGGCAUGAUGACUUGACAAAGUGGAAGAAUCGUCGCAGGAGCAGCAAGUUUGACCCCCGCAGCAAAUCACAAGAUGGAGAGCAUGUCGUUAACCAGAUGGCCAAUGGGGCCAUGAUUCAAUUUGAGAAGAAAGAAGCACAAGGCAGACUGCUAAGUGACCAGCAGGCACCACGCCGGCACUACGCUGCCCCUCGUCCUUACUCCACCUCCUCGCCAUCAAAAUCAUGGAGCUCUAAUCUCCGGCCACAUACUCGGGCUCUGCAGGCCCGCAGCUACUCCACAGAGGGAUCAUCAGAUGGAGCCAUGCUGUCCUCUGAUGGGAACACCUGGGGAGAGGAGACCCACUCAGCCUCCUUGGCUUCAGAUGGAGCAGUUACCACCCCUUCUCUAGACUAUCCUUUCCGCUCCCAGACGCAAGUCAAAGCGCAGUGCAGCCCAGCUCCUCCCCAGCCCACAACAGAAGUGGCACAACCAGAAAAUGUUUUCACAAAGCAAAUCUCCACUCUGAACACAUCUUUACAGGCAGGAGUUGGUGCUCUGGAGGACUUGAACCACAAGUCCCAGGAGGAGAGCCAGAAGACAUCUUGGGAACCAGCCGUGGAGCAAGGCAGAGGCCAGCAGGUUGCAGGCGCCUACAAGUACUUGUCCAGCACAGGAUCGUGGUCCGGCUCAGCCAGCCUUCCUCGUGGCUACCGGAGGUCCGAGGGCUCAACUCGUCUCUCUUCUGCAAUCACAGCCAGACCCUUUGGAACCAAGCAGUCUAGGGUGUCCUUGCUGCCGAGACUGUGCAACGUAGACAAAAACGAAGGUCAGCUUUUGAACAGUGAGAAAGAAGAGUCUUUUUCUCCAACCACCAAAUCUUCACUCAAAAGGCAGAAUGCGACCGCCCAUCUGAAAGGUCAGCACCAGGCCUCAAUCGCACAGAAGGAAGCUAACCAGGUGAAGCAGAAUGUCACAGAGCAGAGGGAGGCGGUGAAAGGUGUCACAUUCUCCAGCCAGACCAAUGGCUACAACUAUCAGCCCUGCUCCCAAACCAAGAUGGUACCGCGGCCGUAUUCAAACCCGCAGACCCACCGCAACAAAAGCUCGACCCUCCCAAAGGUGGAUCACAGUGACAUGAGAGUGAGCCUGACUCUUAAACCCAACAGUAGACCAGACUUUGGUCUCCAGACUCAUUGGGACUCCACAGGCGCGAGAGUUAAAUUCAUUCAACCUGGCAGUCCAGCGGAGCUUUGUCAGCUGUGUGUGGACGAUGAGAUUGUUGCUGUUAAUGGAGUUGCAGUGGCACACAUGAACUACAACCAGUGGAAGGAUAAAAUGACAUCGUCGCUGCAAACCGGCAAUCUGACCAUGGACAUUCGGCGCUAUGGCAACAAGGAUUGGAGCACCAGUGAAGGGAGUCAUCACAACCAGCCAGGCCAGAGCAGGAUGACCCUCAAUCUGACUGCCGCAGCGCCUGUUCUGAUGGGUUCCCCCGAUCUCCAUGCCAACAGUGGUGCCUCGACAGACACCGCAGUCAGGAAAGUGUCCAAAUUGAAUGGGCAGACCGACAAUGUUUUACAAGGUAAAGUCAUGUAUGGAGAGCUCGCUGACAACCACAGCACAGCCAGAAGUAAAGAUUAUAAUAAUAUUAGUAGGACAAAUCAGAAAAGGAGGGCAGAAUUUUUCAAACGGAAAGGAGGUUCAGAAUCAGCAAUAUCUGAUCUCCAGGUGCCAUCCCUCAGCCCCUCCUCCUCCAGCUGGUCGUGGGACCCUGAGGAGGAUCGAAGGCGUCAGGAGAAGUGGCAGGAAGAGCAGGAGCGCCUCCUACAGGAGCAAUAUCGGCGGGAUCAGGAGAGGCUUGAAUCACAGUGGCAGAGGGCACAACAAGAUGCAAAGGGGGAGUUAUGCAGGAAGUCGGGGCAGAACACCUUUGAGAUGACUGAUGGUGGUGAGAGCCCUGCCAGCACCCAGCUCUAUGUGAAUGGAUUGACAAACAAAACCAGAGAAGAAGAGCAGACCCGAGAUGAGCUGAAAGAAGCGGGAUCGAAACCUCAAAGUAAUGCACAAGGAGAGCAGCAUGACAAGAAUUCUGAACACGCCUGGCUGUCCCUCAGGGCUAAAGACUCCUGUGGUUUUGCUCAGCUGUCUCUUGCACACAGGGCAAAGUCCAUGUCUACCCCAGCAUUAGCCGGCCCCUACAAACUGGCCAUAGGUGAUGAGAGGAAAAGAAAAGGACAGUCUAUGUCUAACGCUGAGAAAGACAGGAAGCAGAUAUUGGAGGAGAUGAAGAAAAGGACUCAGCUUCUGACUGACAACAGCUGGAUACGUCAGCGCAGCACCAGCUUUUACAAGGAGCCAGUCUAUGUUGGGGUUCCUAUGAAGAGGUAUGAGUCUCUGGACGACCUGGAUACUUUGCGUCAGUACCCUUUCUCGACCGCUACAUUCAGUUACCCUCGUCCACAAUCUGCUGCUGCAGGUUACUGUGCUCCGAGUAGGAACUCCUCCUCCCGCUACAGCACUGGAGCAAUAUUAUCCCAGAGAAAUACAUUUGACUCCUCUCAUCAUGGCAGGAUGUCCAGUGGCAGGAGGACUUGCUGUGUGUGUGAGCGUGUCCUGGGUAUUGGGGCAACCAUGGUCAUAGAGACCCUUAGUCUCUGCUUCCACCUCGCCUGUUUCCAGUGUGUGGGCUGCCACCGACAUCUCGGAGGAACUGAGACUGGAGUCCAGGUUCGAAUCCGAAGCCGGAAGCCCCACUGUGAUCCCUGCUAUUUCCAACUCAAGUCCGCUGGUGUCCCCUCCGUGUGACCACGCUGUACUCCAGAUCAUAGAGGGAGCAGCCGGAUCACUGGGAACUUCUGUUGGAUAAAACUACGAAAACACAGUGGAAACAUCAUCCACACAGCCAAGCCAUGCCUUUUGUCUACAACAAUAACUGCUGGUAAAACCAUAAAUGCUCUGAUGUGACAUAAAAUGCUAACAAUCUGUGGAUCCACAUGCAAAGUAGAGAUUUAAUGGCUGUUUUUAAUUAAGUUUGGUAAAUGUGGUACUUAGUUUUUGUUUUCUGCUAAUAUGUUUCCAAUAAAAUGUAGGUUUAAUAUAUGAAAUAAAGUAAUUAUGGGAAUUAUUGUUUGAUGAAUGCUUUUACUUUAAUGUUUUUGUUAUUUGUCAUUUCCUUGUGUCAUCAUUGAUAUUUGUCCAAUAGUACAUUAAAGAUAUUUUGUUAAUGUAACCCAUGUAUGGAGGCACAUUUUAACUUGUACUGAAGCACUUUCUGUUCUAUUGUAAUCUCACCAAGUGCCCUUUGGGGUAAAUCAGGGGCAUCUAUAACGCAUGUAUAAGUAAGAAUCUUAAGUGAAACACUUUUGUAAAUAAAGUGCACUGAACAUAAUCUGAGGGCUUCUAUUUCUUUGUGUACCACAUGGGGGCAUCAUUGGUCUCAUGGUAAAACAGAAAUGUUAGUCUCAUACUGUGGGUAGAAAUGUCA